GUUAUAUAUUUGAAGAAGUAAAAAGACGAGUAUGAUGGUGUAAAACCUAAUCUCUGAUAAUGGGAAGCGGGAAGUAUUAGUGGUGAGGUUUGAGUCCAGUAUGUUCUGGAAUGCGUUGGUAAAUCCGAUUCAUAUUCAUUUCAAUGUCUGGCAACGUGCUUUUCCCGGAUGAAAUCCUGGUGGAAAUCCUCCACAGACUUCCAUCAAAGAGCAUUCUGAGAUGCAGCGCCGUGUGCAAGUCAUGGCGCUCUCUAAUCAGCAACGAAUCCUUCAUCUCCCUCCACCGCCGCCACUCCCCUUCCUUUCUCCUCCUUGGCUUCAGCAACAAGCUCUUCCUCCCCCACCGCCGCCACCACCACGAUCCCUCCCUCACCCUCUCCUACACCCUCCUCCGCCUUCCCUCCUUCCCCGAUCUCGAGUUCCCCGUCCUUUCCUUCUGUAAUGGUCUCAUUUGCAUUGCCUACGGUGAACGAUGCCUCCCCAUUAUCAUUUGCAAUCCAAGUAUUCGACGAUAUGUCUGCCUCCCCACACCCCACGACUACCCUUGCUACUACAAUUCCUGCAUUGCCCUCGGCUUUGAUUCCACUAAUUGCGAUUACAAGGUUAUCAGGAUUUCUUGCAUUGUGGAUGAUGAAAGCUUUGGCCUUUCUGCUCCCUUGGUUGAGCUUUACUCUCUUAAAUCUGGCUCUUGGAGGAUCCUUGAUGGCAUUGCUCCUGUCUGUUACGUGGCUGGAGAUGCUCCCCAUGGCUUUGAGGACGGCCUUGUUCAUUGGGUCGCCAAAAGAGAUGUGACUCAUGCUUGGUACUAUUUUCUUUUGACCUUUCGUCUCGAGGAUGAGAUGUUUGGUGAGGUUAUGCUGCCUGGGAGCUUGGCUCAUGUAUCCUCGGUUGCAGUUGUGGUUAAGGUUGUCGGAGGUGGGAACGGGAAGACUCUCACUGUGUACCAUGUGAGCGCCUGUUAUCCAUGCUCUUGUGAAAUCUGGGUGAUGAAAGAGUAUGGUGUGGUGGAGUCUUGGAAUAAGGUCUUUUCUUUUAGUAUGAACGCAUUUUGUUUGGUAAUACCAUCUUUGGAGAUGACAAUCAUUGAAGUUGCAGUUCCACCGGCAGCUCUGUGUGUUACACACAGCGGAGAGGUGUUGUUGCUCGUGGAUGUGGCAGGAAGGAGAUGCCUGUAUUCACUGGACAUGGAGAGGACAAGCUUUACGGAACUUCAAAUUGAAGUAGACACAGAGUUUGUUUAUUCUGGUUAUUAUGCUGAGAGCUUAGUUUUACUGAACAAUGCAAGUGGUGUAGUGUCUUAUUAAAGUGGUAAUGUCAUCCCAAUCUGAUACAUAUGCAAUAUAUAUGUUAAUAACUUGUUACAUGUAUCUGUAUUUUCUACACUUUGCGUUGCUUUCUAUUAGAUAUGUUCUGCUUGCUUCAAAUUCUAAAAGAAAUUAUUAGA